AUGGCUAUUAGGAAUGAAUCAAAUCAGAUAGUUCUAUUUCUCAACCUUUCCGACUUCUCCCUGAUAUGGAUUCUACCCAUUUUGACUCUCCCUUUAACACUAACAGUAGAUAGGAACCGAACUAUCUCACGACGUUCUAAGCCCAACUCACGUACCACUUUCAUUGGCAAACAACCGAAUCUUUGGGACCUUCAACCCCAGGAUGUGAUGAGUCGACAUCAAUGUGCCAAACGACUCCGUCGAUAA